UACUGGGGCGGUGUGAGGGCGGGGGGCAGCGCCCCGUCACUCGGUGAAGCUCCCCCCCCCCGAGGGGGCAGCAGGCAGCGCCCCGCCCCCUGGGGCGCGGGGCACAGAGAGGGCGUCUCCCUGCCUAGCAAACCCUGGGUCCUGUGGCGGGCGGGACCGCUCCGGGCCCGGCCAGCGCCACCGCCGCCGCCUCCCCCGCCCGGGGCCAGGCGGAGCCAGCAGCCGGAGGAGGAGCGGGUGAGAGGUCGGCCAGCUCCGGUCGCCCACAGAGGCUGAGUCCCGGGCAGAGAGGGCGGCGGCGGCUCGCGGCGCCCGGCGAUUUACUACUCUGAUUAAACCUGAACAAGCUGGGACAAGUGGAAAGACUGCUCGUCUAGGUUAAAGAAUUUGCCCAACACACCCACUGUGUGGCGGAGCUAGAAACCGAACACAGAUCUCCUGACUCCUACUCCGGUGUUUUGACCACGGGAUCAUCUCUGCCCUACAUGCUGUAAGAGUUUGAGAGAUUUCAUUGAAAAUGACUAGCAAAACAACUAGCACAACAAACAAUAUAGCUCAGGCACGAAGAACUGUGCAGCAGUUAAGAAUAGAAGCUUCUAUCGAAAGAAUAAAGGUAUCAAAAGCAUCAGCAGAUCUCAUGUGCUAUUGUGAAGAACAUGCCAGGAAAGAUCCUUUACUAAUGGGCAUACCUGCUUCUGAAAACCCUUUCAAGGAUAAAAAAACAUGCAUUAUAUUAUAGCAGAGCAGAAAAAGAAGCCAAAUCCUAUCCAGAUUAUGAUCAAGCAAUUGUAAUUGGAUGGCCUUUCCAUAACAUCACUGAUGUACAAAUAGCCUAAUAAAGUUUAUAUACAAGUCUUGUGUAUUGAUGGAAUAAGUGAAUGGAAAGAAAACAAUACUGACUUCUAGUAGGUUACCAAUGUUUUUUUGUGUGGGGGGGGGUGUUUCCCUAUAGCCAGCUAUACAAUGCCUGAAAUUGUGAUCUUCUGUAAUGAUAUUUACAGAAAUUAUUAACCACUUUUAAUUUACUGUUUUAUGUUGCAUGUGUCUAAUUUUGUAUUAAAUUAUAUAGACACUGUUAAUAAUGUUAUGUUUUUAACACACCUCCUUUCAAAAAUCUAAAUUUGAGACAUCCUGUAAGAAAAAAUAAAUGCACGGAUUGUUCUGUGCUGACAUUCAAAUUAUUUUUAUAAUUAGAAUAUUUUUCUAAUAAGUUCAAAACAAUCUAGAUUUUCACUGUUUUUAUUCACCAUAUUUCAGUCAUUUUAUAAUGCGUCUUGUUAAAAAUAAUAAUUAACUUAGCUAUAUGCGUUCAUAACUGAGCUACUAGCAGCAGUCAUGCUGUAUUUCUUCAGUUCUGUAAUAUCUUGGUUUUUUCAAAGUAACUUUUUACAACCAAAAUAUUGCCCUUCUGUUGAUCUGUUAUGGCCCGUGUUGUCAGCAAUUUGUGGCUAAAUGUUUGAACCGUUUAGAACCCGAAUGAAUAUAUGAAAAUGUAAUGUAUGCAAAUAUGGUGAUACAAAGGUCAUUUUGAUACCUGGCUCCUUCUCUUUGGCCAUUUCUAAGCAAUUGGUUUAUGCUCCUUCUUACUCAUAGAAUUUCAUGUCAGAAGUAUUCAGCUAAAUUAGAACUUUACAAACUCGUCUUAUAACUACUUACGUUGCAUUAAUUUGAGCAAUGAGUUUAACUGCAGACUUUUUUAAACUGCAGAUUUUCUUUUGACCUGAAUCCAUUUUGUUCAGUUACGACUUCCAUAUCCAAAUGUAUUCAGCAUUUUUACAACUGGAGUCAUAAGUGCCAUGAUUGUGUUUUUUAAGUUACUGAAUCAAAACAUGUAAAUGAUACAUUUUAAAGUAUUAUCACAAACGUUGCCAUAAAACAUACGCUACUGGAAAUAUUUUCAUAAACUCGGGCCUGACUCAGUGCCCAUUGAAGUCAAUGAGAAUUUUGCCAUUGAUUUCAGUGGGAGUAUGAUGAGACUUGGGGUGACUAGCAUACUGUACUUGUAACCUGUUGAAAGUAUCUUCAUAAAUAUUAGGAUUCUAAAUGUUCAUAGUGCCACAAUGUAUGCCUGUUUUUAAAGGAUGAGUUAAUAGUGAUCUAUUUACCCCUGUUUAAUCUGAAGUGUAUUUUUCUACUUUUUUCAUACACUUUUGACAUCUUUGCAAUGCAAGGACAAAUAGCAACUGUUUAAUUCCUUCUUAAACUUAUGCAUUUAAAUAGCAAAAGAUUUUUAUUAGAACAUAGUUGCCCUUUUACCCACAUAUAUAUGAUUAGAAAUAGGGUGCCAGCUUCUUUCAGAUGCCUUCUAACUUUUAGCCUAAAACACAUGGAAACUAUAAUAAAACAGUAAAAUACCAUUGACUGCUUCUGAUUACUUUUGUGUAGGUUUUUAAAUAAACUCUCUGUGUGUAUUGUAUUUUAAACACAAUAUGUAGUGUCAUCUGAAGGUUCAAACAGCUACUUAUGUUUUUAUAUUACUCUUUAAGUAUACAAAAUGCAGUAUAAA